AUGAGUAAGGAGAAGGCAUUGUGGACUACCGAAAAGACCGAACUGUUCAUCAAAUUAGCUCGCCAACAAGUUAGAAAAAAUGAGUGCAAGGGCUCUACCUUAUCAAAGGAAGGUUGGGAAGCAUUAAUGCAACAAUUCAAUGCUUUGAGCUCUAGAAGCUAUGAUAAGAAGCAAUUAAAGAACAAAUGGAACAAUUUGAGGAAAGAUUGGAAUAUAUGGGACAAAUUGCUAAACAAAGAGACCGGCUUAGGAUCGAAUAGUGAAAAGAAUACUGCAUCAGCACCGGAUAAUGGUGGUACUAAUUCGGGGAGCAAGAGAAAGAGAGGUGAAAGUGGUCAAAACAAGAAGGGAAAAUGUCUUGCAACUGUAAUGGUUGAUUCAAUGAGUCGCUUGGUGUCCACACAAGAGAAUAGGGUUUCAACACUGAAGUCAAUUCUUAAUUCCAUAGAGGGUGGGACAAAACCAGUUGAUCAAAAUGUAGUAGAUGUUGCAAAGGAACUUUAUGGAAUCGAGGAGAUUGCUUGUAAUGAGGCACUUCUUGGACAAUGUGCUGUGGCUUUGUUAGAUAAGACUGCAAGGGACAUGUAUAUUAGGCUUAGGGACAACAGAAGAGCAUUAGUAGUCUAUUUGAAGUGCUUGGGCAAAAAAGCAGAUUAG